AUGGAGCGUCUGAUGCUCCGCUCGUCAUCAUUCCAGGAUGCCCAGGGUUUGAGUGGCAAGGAGCGGUACUCAUUCUUUACUAUGCCUAUCUCAGCGACUCGUCCCAUAGACAAAGCACCUGGCAAACAUGGGCUAGUGACCUCUCCAACUGCAACUAACUUUCCAGAUAUUGCAGCACCUUUCGAGGUUGCUAUCUCCAAAAGCAAUCGACUUGGGGUGGGUUCUACAGAUCCGCUUAUCUCAGCUAAUAUUAAUCCAUCGGAUCAGGUCGCAAUUGUUCAACGAAGCAUUAUAACUUCAACAAGUGGCGAGUCCCGAAACCGUGAACAGACUGGAAUGACUGUAAACCGUGGACAGAACCGUGUUGCCGCAUGGGCCUUGGGUGUAGAUGACUCCGAUGUACGUUUAUUUUUGUCACUCGACCUUUUUUUCAAAUAA